UUAAGUCAACGAAGUCUUACCACUGCUUUAGACCUACUCAAGAUUUCCCAAACAGUGAAAACACGUAAAAAAAAAAACAUGAAAUAUUGAGAAAACAUGCAGUGCGAUGUCAGUUGUGGAUGUGUAGACUACACGGAGGAGGAGGGGGGCGACUUUCAGAUGACAUUGACGCUAUGUAGAUGGGAGAUGAGAAUUGCGCUCCCCUGAACGUUUCUGGUUGUUGAUGUUAGACAGUUGCACAAGGCGAAGCGGCUGCUUCUCGUGUUGAUUCAGCCACCUCGUCAGCACCUAGCCGCUGGACAGCUCCCUGCAGCCGGGGGGAAUCUACGGAUACCUCGUUUCGAGAUUUGUGGCAGGCAGCACAUCGUCGGUGGCAGAGAGCACAGCUUUAUUGUUAACGGCAACUGACGAGCGGUGUCCCCAUAGCCGUCACCUGCUUCCAGACAUUUGGUUCAAAGGUUUUGGGUCAAAAACCGCGAAACUGCUGUCUGCGUGGACUGGUGCUGAAGCUUCGCGUUCCAAGGCCAGGACCACUACAAAUCGAGAGACAUGGCGACGAACGGCACCAAAACGGAUGGACAAGUAACAGAACUUAACGAAGUGGCAACUAAUGACAAACCCAAGUCACUGGACGUGAAAAGCGACCAGACGAAAAAGGAUCUUCCCGAAAGAGAAACCUGGGGAGGGAGAUUCGAUUUCCUUCUGUCGUGUGUAGGUUAUGCAAUUGGACUCGGAAACGUAUGGAGAUUUCCAUAUCUCUGUGGAAAAAACGGUGGAGGAGCCUUCUUGAUCCCCUAUUUUUUGACACUCAUAUUCGCUGGGAUGCCGCUGUUCCUGCUUGAGACCGCUCUUGGUCAAUACACCUCAAUUGGUGGGCUUGGAGUCUGGAAACUGGCUCCCGUGUUCAAAGGUGUUGGCCUUGCGGCAGCUGUCCUGUCCUUCUGGCUUAACAUUUACUACAUUGUCAUCAUCGCCUGGGCCAUAUACUAUCUCUACAACUCCUUUACCUCUGAACUUCCAUGGAGCUCGUGUGGCAAUUCAUGGAACACAGACAAAUGUUACUCAAACUACAGUAUUGUCGAUAACACCAAUCUUACCAGCGCGGUGAUGGAGUUUUGGGAGCGCAACAUGCAUCAAAUGACCGAUGGCUUGGAAAAACCAGGGCAGAUCCGAGCGCCACUGGCAAUAACACUGGCCAUCGCUUGGGUCCUGGUGUACUUCUGUAUCUGGAAAGGGGUGAGCUGGACUGGCAAGGUUGUGUACUUCUCGGCCACGUACCCCUAUUUCAUGCUAUUCAUUCUGUUCUGCCGUGGAGUGACUCUACCUGGAGCUAUGGAUGGCAUUCGCUUCUAUAUCACCCCUAACUUUGAGAAACUAAAAGAAUCUGAGGUAUGGCUGGAUGCUGCUACUCAGAUAUUUUUCUCCUACGGUUUGGGACUGGGCUCACUGAUAGCUCUUGGGAGCUAUAACCCUUUUAAUAAUAAUGUUUACAGAGACUCUAUCAUAGUGUGCUGCAUCAACUCCUUCACCAGCAUGUUUGCUGGCUUUGUCAUCUUCUCUAUUGUGGGCUUCAUGGCGAACGUGACUAAGAGGCCCAUAGAAGAAGUUGCAGCUUCAGGUCCAGGCCUGGCUUUCCUGGCCUACCCCGAGGCUGUGACCCAGCUGCCUGUCUCCCCUCUCUGGGCUAUCCUGUUCUUCUCCAUGCUGCUGAUGCUGGGGAUUGACAGUCAGUUCUGCACGGUGGAGGGCUUUAUCACAGCUCUGGUGGAUGAGUUUCCCAGGGCACUGAGGGGCAGGAGAGAGCUCUUCAUCGCUGCUGUCUGCCUGGUAUCGUACCUGAUCGGCCUAUCCAACAUCACACAGGGAGGCCUGUACGUGUUCAAGCUCUUCGACUACUACUCCGCCAGUGGGAUGUGUCUCCUCUUCCUGGUCUUCUUCGAGUGCAUCUCCAUAUCCUGGUUCUACGGUGUGGACAAAUUCUAUGACAACAUCCAGGAAAUGAUUGGCUACAAGCCCUGCAUAUGGUGGAAGCUGUGUUGGGUUUGUUUCACCCCUCUCAUCGUGGCCGGGGUGUUCUUGUUCAGUGCAGUCCAAAUGGUUCCUCUCACCUUGAACAACUACGUGUUCCCUGCCUGGGGCCAGGGAGUGGGCUGGCUCAUGGCUCUGUCCUCCAUGGUCCUCAUCCCUGGAUACAUGGUCUACAUGUACCUCGGACUCAAGGGCACCUGGAAAGAGCGCCUACGGAUAAUGUUCCAGCCGCCUGCAGUGGUCCGACGGCCACAGGAGAAUGGACCUGAGACAGUGGUUGCCGAGACCAACAUUGCUAGUCCCUCUAACGCGGCCAACCCAAGUAGUCCAUCCAACCCAACUGCUACAAGCCCGGUUGCUGCAGCCCCGCCCAACCCAGCAACUCCAGCCAUUCCAGCUCUGGCUAGCCCUGUGAACCCAACUAGUCCGACCGUUCCAACUGUCCCUACCGUCCCUGCCACUCCAGCCAACCCGACCAGCCCUACCAGCCCACCACCCAAUCCGGUUAGCCCAACGGCAAAAGAGACGGCCAUCCCACCACCCAACAUAGUGAGCUCAACAAACCUGACCAACGCUGAGGCCAAUAUCUAGACAAGGCAAAACCCUCAUGGAGAUUGUGUAGUCAACGGCGAACAUUACAAAGGACUUCCAAGAUUUUAAUUGAUUCACCUACCUCCAGGGGCAAUAUCUGAUCAAACCGGAUUUUAAAAUCAUGUUUAAUUUUUCUGCAUUUGUAAAACCAACCCGUUAAUGUCUUUUUAUUGGUAUGCAUUAAAAAUGCUCAAAUCAAAGACUGUUAGUGUUCACAAAAACUACCGUAAUCUGAGUAAAAAUAUGUAAACAAACUGUGUAAUACUGUGAGAAAAGAAAAUAACUAUUGAAAAUAGAAUAGCAAUUUGUUCAAUAUCUUCAUGAACCAAGUAAAUACAGUGUGUCUAUAGUAGGGAUGAAGUACUAGUGAACAAAAUUGUCAAGAUGGGAGAGUGCAAGGGACAGAGUCAAGUUAUCGUGGUUGUUUACUAAGCCUCACACAGUCAUCUCUUUACAAAACUUUGCACUCUGUGAGGCUGAUUACAAGCCACAUGGCAAUGGGGGAACUCUGAUGAAGAAGCACAAUGCCAAUAAGAAGUUUAAAGUCUAUGAACCCUGGAAUUAUCCAGUAUAUCUGUUGCAAAAGAUUUCGUGUGUGAGAGAGACUGUUAUUUUAUCUUCCUUUUUUUUUGUAAAAAAAAAAAGAACUUUUAUGUGACAAACAUUUUUAGAAUUAUUUUUAAUAUGUUUUCUACUAUAAAUAUUGUGACCGAGGACCAAAAUCGUAGGCAGACGAAAGCAAAAACGAUCUAUGCCAUGUAGUGUUUGGUUUGAGAAACACAGGGUAUGAAAAACAUACAAUAAAAAGAAAUGCAAACGCACAGGGUAUAGAAAAGUGAUUUACAAACAUUGACUAUCCAUUGAUGCUGACAGUCAACCCUGUUUACGUUUUUUGCAUGCUUUCCUCAGGAACGUCAAAGAAAAAUUCCAAAAUGUCUCCUGACAGAUCUAAGACGAGAACAGAGAAGGCCUUAAGCCAGUUAUCAACCAAUUUAUACCAAGCCAUAGUCUGUUUGCAUGACUGGGCAGAUCUCCUGAAUAUCACUUUGUACACUUUGUACUAGCAAACAAUAUUGGACCAACUCUAUGUUUAAAAAAUAUUCCUUUUUAUUUCACUUUAUGUGUAAUGAUCAAUUAUACAUUGAUCAAUUUUGUAUUCAGCAAUACAAAUGUAGAUGUAGAGAUGCAGGCCAGUAGAAGAGUGGUCUGUUUGUCUUUUUCUUUUCGUUGUCUUUGCUUUACUAGUAAAAAGCUCAAAGCUUUAAUUUCAACAGACAUUUGACAUGGCGUGUUAAGACAAUGCUAGUUGGCUUAUACGGCAGUGAAAAGCAUCUGGUCGAACAAAACACGUUUACUUUGAAAAGCAAAACAACCAAGUGAAAAUGUGAAAUGGCUGCAGUUCAUGUCCUGUGAAUUUUGUAUAAAGUUACUCCACCACAGUUUCCUCCGGAACUUUGUUGUAAAAACUGUACUGUGUAAAACAUGUAACUGUGAAUGUCUGUAGUACAUUGGAAGUUAUUGUCUAAAUGUUGAAAAAAAUGAUGAAGAGUUGCUGCUUUCUGCAAUAAUAUUUUGAUCACAGAAACUAAAGCACAUAUCUUACAGAAAUAUACGAAAUUAUGAUGACAAUGAAGAUAUUGACGAUUAUAUUAAAAAUAGAAACUAUGUCUAGUAAAAAAUCUGAUUGUUUUGUUCAUUUUUAACUGUCUCACUGCCUAAUGCACAACACAAUAUAAACAUGAUAUGUAUUUAAAUGGUGUCAUAUGAUAAAGCACGAUUGUCAUGUUAUACAAAAAGAAAAAAGCUGAAAAAAUAAAUAAUUAUAGAAAAUAUGAAUAA